UUCGGCUGUUGGUUACUAGCACCGCGAAUAGACAGGCGGAGCCAUUUUCAGUGGUCGCAUGCGGGCGCGGUCCGAGCGCGCACUUCCACGCGAGGGUCCUCGGCCGGGGGCCGCCCUCACCAACACGGCGGUCAUCGAGCAGGACGUGACCGACUUGGAGGUCGACGACAAUGGCGCGCCCCAGCGCGUGAACGAGUACAUCGUGGGCGAGGAGCUCGGCCGCGGUGCAUUUGCGCGAGUGUACAAGUGCGCCAAGCUCGUCGACGGCCAAAGCUUGGAGUUUGCCAUGAAGAUCUUCAACAAGUCGCUCCUCAAGCGCAAGCAAGAAUUCACGCGGGUCGCGGGCCGCAUGGUCGCGACCAACGCCUUUCAGAAAGUGCAAAAGGAAAUUGCAAUCAUGAAGAAGCUGUGCCACCCGAAUUUGACGCGGCUCCACGAAGUCAUUGACUCACCCGAGGACGACAAGCUCUACUUGAUUCUCAACGUCAUCUCGGGCGGCCAGCUCCUCGAUUUCGACAACCACGCAAUGCGCUAUCGCUAUACGCGCGAGCCGGGCCCGACGGUCGACGAGAAGAGCGUCACGCCGCUCCGCGUCGUCCACGACUGCCUCGUGGACCUCGCGUCCGGCCUCGACUACUUGCAACGGAAUCUCAUUUGCCACCGCGACAUCAAGCCCGAGAACAUUUUCGUGACCGACAUGAGCGAGUACAUUCUUGGCGACUUUGGCGUCGCCCACAUGUUUGCCGAGCCGGGCCACGCGACGCUGCUCAAGAACACGGAAGGCACGUAUCACUAUCUCGCCCCCGAGUGUACCUCUGGGGACGCCUUCGAUCCAUUCAAGGUCGACAUAUGGGCCGUUGGCGUCACGGUGUUUGCGAUGGUGUAUGGGACCUUGCCCUUCGGUAUGGCCGUCACGGACGGUCCGCCGGGCGUCCUCCGCGCGAUCCGAGAGGAUCCUCUUGUGUUUCCGCACGAGAUUGAGCCGCUGCUACACGACCUCCUCAUGCAGCUUUUGGACAAGUCACCCGCGACGCGUAUCAGCAUUUUGCAGCUGCUCGAGCACCCGUGGAUCACAGUCGCAGCGUCGCGCAAGGCACCGAAUCCGACCGAGUCGGUGACCGUCACCAGCGACGAGAUUGCAAAAGCGUUCACCGCGUCGUACAAGCUCUUCCUCAUGGUCAAACUCAAACUCAAACUGCACGCAAAACUCGCGCGCGCACGCAGCGCGCUCGCGGCCAAGCAGAGUGAAAUUAGCACCGCGACAACAACAACAAUCAACGAAGGCGUCAACCUAAUCCGCCGACGCAGCAUGCGCAAAGUCUCGGACGCUGCGAUCCCAGUCAGCGCAAGCGAGCCGUCGUGCCACGUCAUGUAACCGUCAAGUUUUGCAGUAUCACUUUAUCAACCGCCAAAACCGAGGGCGAUCUGCUGCGCGCCGAGGCGUGCAAACUCGGUGCCAACGUCCGUGGCAUGCCGAUGGAAGACCGCUGCCUUCUUGGUGUCAUGCGUCGUCGAGAGGUCGCAGCCCCAGUAGCGCGCUUCGUCGUCGAGCGAGACGUACCCAUUGGCUGUAAAAUAAUGCGACGUGGUGUAGAGCACA